UAAAAAUUUUAUAUUAUGCAGAAGACCAGCUACUGUAUCUUUACAAUUGAUCACCUUUUAUUCUUUUUUUACAAUUAUGGGAAGAAAUCAAAUCUGUGUUUAAUUGUUAUACAACAUUCACAGGUUUCUGGGGUUCGAAGUACUAUCACUAAUUUUCAUGAUGACUUGGGUCUCUUGCAACAAACGGUGGAAACAUUGGAUGAAAGGCUGGCUACCUUGAGUUAUAAACAGGAUUAUGCAAAUCAUGGAUUGGCAUAUCUCAUCGACUUUGUACAUGGAAAAGCACGGAAAAUGCCUGAAAGUUUGCAGCUGGAGCAACAGAAACUUCCAGGGAAGUCCCCUCAUUUGCUCACAUAUAAAGGAACUCCAAAUCUGAAGGUGUUCUUCUACCUUGUGCUUUGUUUUCUACUGUUGUUUUCCUACUGA